GAGCUGCAGUCGCUGGCCCUCUUCCCCGCGCAGCAGGCCCCAGCAGCAGCAGCAGCAGCAGCAGCAGCAGCGGGAAGCACAGGCCCCGCCAGCAGCAGCAGGGGCCGCCGCCGCGGGCUCUGGAGCGACUCCAGCCCGGCGCUGCUGCGGGGUGCUUUUGCCUACGGCUUCCGCAACAUUCAAAACGUGGCGCAGCAGCUGCGGCAGCUGCUGCCCCCCGACAGCAGCAGCAGCAGCAGCAGCAGCAGCAGCAGCAGCAGCUUGAUUGAGCCCGAAGCCAUUGGCUCCGUAGUGCCCCACUUAGUCGAAAUCGCCGCAUGCCCGGGGGGCUGCCUCAACGGGGGGGGGCAGUCAAUUAGCUGCGAGAGAGAAUUAAGUGAAGCAGCCCCGCCGCAGCAGACAGCAGCAGCAGCAGCAGCAGCAGCAGCAGGGGGGGGGCCGAAGAUAAUCGGGAAGAACCGGGAGCCGCUGACGAGUCUGACGCGGCUGCUGCAUGCAGAGUUCCCUUUGCUGCAGCCUUUUGAACACCCGCUGGUGCUGCCAGCAUAUUUGUACUUGUUUGGCUGCUGCUACGGGGCGGAGGGGGGGGAAGCAGCAGCAGCAGCACUGGGCCAGUUCGAAGGCUUGCUGCAGCAGCAGCAGGCCCUGGAGGCCGCGCAGCAGCUGCUGUGCACAGACACAGCUGCUGCGCUGCCCCUGCGCUUCUGGCUCGCCCCCAGAGUCACGCUUUUGCUGCGCUGCAGCUUCAGUGCGAAGAAGGGGGGCAAGCGGGGCCCCACAGUGGCUGUUUCCGACCUCAAGUGGUAG